AUGAGGAUGCAGCCAGGAGAGGCAGUAAAGCAGAAAGUAAAAGAUCAGUUGCAGUUGGUAUCAGUCAUGUUGCGGGGCGCAGCUUCUCUCCCUCUGUCUGAACAGAAGAGAAGAAACAGAGGAGACACAGAAAUGCCACGGCAAUUCCCCAAGAUCACGCUGAGCGAUGUGGACGAGGAGGUGCGUUUGCUGGCUGAGAAGGUGUACGCUUCAGCGCUGAAGGACGAAGAGACUAAAGAUGCCAUCUCCAUGUAUACGGUGCCUGAGGACUGCCCCAUCGGCUUGCGGCAGAUCAAGGACCGGGAGCUGUUGCGCGAACUGGCUGAACAGCACUCGGAGGAGACGGUUAAAAGAAAGAAGAGUUUAAAGAUGAUUCGAUCUCAGUCCAUGCAAAUCCCAGUUUGUGUGGAUUGGGGUGGAGCUGCACCUACUACACUCGUGUCCCCUUCUCUCGCCUGUCCCACCAACACGGACAACUUUCCCGAGUACCAGAGAGUCACCAUCAGUGGAGAUUACUGUGCGGGGAUCACUGUCGAUGACUAUGAGCAUGCAGCCAAAAGUCUGCUGAAGGCAUUAUUUAUCAGGGAGAAAUACUCAAGACUGGCCUAUCAUCGUUUUCCUCAGUCUACUGCCAAGUUCCUGCGCAGUGCUGAAAACCUGAAGUGGAGAGAAGAAGACGAUGUCCAGCCAGAUAUCUGGCCAUGCCCUCGGGAAGGAGAGGACCCGUACAGCAUGGAAAACAUUCCGGAGAAUAUGAGCUAUGAGCUGAAAAUGAGGGACGGCAUCAUACAUGUGUUUGACGAUACUGAGGCAGUGAAAGCGAACAGACCCCACUGUCUGCCUUACCCAGACCUGGAGACAUUCGCCAUCGAUAUGAGCCACGUGCUGGCCAUGAUCGCAGAUGGACCUACAAAGACGUAUUGUCACAGGCGACUGAAUUUCCUUGCCUCAAAGUUCUACCUGCAUGAAAUGCUGAAUGAAAUGGCAGAGCUCAAAGAACUCAAGGGUGUACCGCACAGAGAUUUCUACAAUGUCAGAAAGGUAGACACUCACAUCCAUGCUGCAGCCUGCAUGAACCAGAAACACCUCCUGAACUUCAUCCAGACCACCUACGAAACGGACGCAGAGCGUGUGGUGCUGGAAAAUGCCGGACAAAAACUGACCCUUAAACAGGUCUUUAACAACCUCAACAUGGACCCCUAUGACCUCACUGUGGACUCGCUAGAUGUUCAUGCGGGCAGACAAACCUUUCACCGCUUCGACAAGUUUAAUUCAAAAUACAAUCCUGUGGGUGCGAGCGAGUUACGAGAAAUCUACCUGAAAACAGAUAAUCACAUCAAGGGAGAAUACUUUGCACUUUUGAUCAAGGAAGUUGCUCAUAAUCUGGAGGAGAGUAAAUACCAGUAUGCCGAGCCCCGCCUCUCCAUCUACGGUCGCUCCCCUGAGGAAUGGGAGAGCCUUUCUAGUUGGUUCAUUCAGCAUAAAGUGCACUCACCCAACAUGCGCUGGAUCAUUCAGGUGCCAAGAAUAUAUGAUAUUUUUAAGUCGCGGAAACUGGUUACCAAUUUUGCCAAGAUGCUGGAAAACAUCUUCCUUCCGUUGUUUGAAGCCACAGUAAAUCCCCAGAAGCACAAGGAGCUGCAUGUUUUUCUCAAAUAUGUUACAGGUUUUGACAGUGUGGAUGAUGAGUCCAAGCACAGCGAUCACAUGUUCUCUUUCAGGAGCCCCAAACCUGAGCAGUGGACUUCAGAUGAAAACCCGCCUUACAGCUACUACCUCUUUCACAUGUAUGCCAACAUCAUGGUGCUCAACAACCUGCGCAAGGAGCGAGGUCUCAGCACCUUCCUGUUUCGUCCACACUGUGGUGAGGCUGGCUCCAUCACGCACUUGGUCUCAGCUUUCCUCACAGUGGAUAAUAUCUCCCACGGUCUGAACCUUAAGAAGAGCCCUGUGCUGCAGUACCUGUAUUACCUCGCCCAGGUGCCUAUUGCCAUGUCCCCUCUCAGCAAUAACAGUCUGUUCCUCGAGUACUCAAAGAACCCACUGCGAGAGUUUCUACACAAGGGGCUCUGUGUGUCUCUCUCAACUGAUGACCCCAUGCAGUUCCACUACACCAAGGAAGCUCUAAUGGAGGAGUACGCUAUUGCUGCUCAGCUGUGGAAACUGAGCACAUGUGAUUUAUGUGAGAUUGCCCGGAACAGUGUGCUUCAAAGUGGUUUGUCUCAUCAGGAGAAAAAGCACUUUUUAGGUGCCAACUACCUGACGGAUGGGCCUGAGGGGAACGACAUCCGGCGCACCAACGUAGCACAGAUCCGCAUGGCUUACAGGCACGAGACACUGUGUAAUGAGCUCAGCUUCCUAGUCGAUGCCGUGAAGUCCGAGGCCCUGGGUUCACAAGCGCAGUGACAGUACUGCAUACGCUUCCACAAGACUGCGAGCCCUUCAUAGCCAUAGACUUAUCCAAGCAUGUUGCCUUUUAUACACGACUGUACACAUCAGAGCCACAAGUUCACUGUUCUUAGUUUAUUGCUGCUGCUCAGGUUGGCGAAGGAAACCUGUAACUACACUGUUAGGCUGCUUUCACAGGAACAUUUUAGUUAUUUCUUAUUUGGCACUUAUUUUAAUGCCAAUUGGAAACACUGACACAUGGCCAUGCUUAAAAACUACGCUGUCAUCUGUUAAAAAAGGUUCCUCACUUCACCAUAAUUAUGCACCAGUCAAUCAUUCACAUCAGUAAAGUAUAUGAGGGAGAAGCUAAAUGUGGCUACCAGCUCUUAUCCUAAACAGCCCAAUCCAGCGCAAAAAAACUGAAUUUUCUUCACAUCUGUUGCUUUCCUCAUGUAUUUCAGCAAUUUUCACCCCUAAAACAUGCAGGUUUAUUAGUUAUUGUUUACUAAAUAGGAUUGAAUUGCCCUGCGAUUGAGUAACACCGGGUCCAAGUUGUUCUGCCUUGUGGCCAGCGUCUCCAAGUGGAGCCGAACCCACUGCAUUCAUGACCAGAAUGACAGUUUGUAUUAAUCAAUCACAUCCAGCUGAGAAUUAAACAGUUAAUUCUAUGCAGAUUUGAA